GAAUCUUGUUAUAUGAAAUUGAACCAUCAUACUAUCUCCGAAAAGAAGAAAAUGCUUAUUAAAAUUCUAUCAUCUUCCCUUCUCCUUACCCACAUAUUACUAAUUUCAAGCCACAAAUCCAUUUUUCUGAAAACAUGAUCUCACUUCUGCAACAAAACUGUAUCAGAUUGCCAACAAUUAUACUUCAAAACAACUCCAACGGCUCGCAACCACCAACCAGAAGGAGUUGGAGAGUUUGAUCAUCCGCCGAAUCAUCACUACCAUUCCUAUAAAUCCCAAACCCCCUUCCAAACCCAAUUAUCAGUCGCGAAACUUCCUCUCUCAAGCCAAAACUUAAAAAUCCUUAACAAUGGCUGCCGGAGUGUUACAAAUGAGCCUUGCUGUGCUACUUGUGACAGCAAUGUGUUUCAUCCUUUCUUCAGCUCAGCUGGGGUGCUUGCCGGCGAUCAGCAGCCUAUCUCCAUGCCUCAGCUUCUUGAACAGCAACUCAUCGACACCUUCAGACGCCUGCUGCUCUCAGGUGGCUGCUGUGGUGAAAACUCAGGGCUUGUGCCUCUGUUCCUUUCUCGGCAGUUCAGCUGCCACCCAGCUUGGCUCCAUUGUCAAUCAGGCGCAGGCUCUCUCCCUCCCAGGAGCUUGCAAGGUUGAUAACCCACUCGUAAACCAGUGCAGCGCUAUGUCAAACUCACAAACACCAGUAACACAGUCGCCUGCGGGAGCGCUUCCUCCGGCUUCACAGGAAACGCCGAGUGAUCAAAUUCCGACCACCGCAUCUGCUCCGGCCUCUUUGCCGGCCCUUCCUGCAGGUAGUGGCAAGGCUGGAGAAUCAUCGGCUGCGGCAGCUUCUGCGGCAAAGUUCGUGCCUGUCGUCUUCUUCCUUCCCUUGGUGGCUUCAUCUGUUUUUUUCUUGCCAGUGUUCUGAGUUCUGUUACUUGAGCUACAAGAGGAUGUUAUCGUUUUAUAUGACCGUUUAUUUUCUUCUUAUUUGUUUGAGAUAUGUAUUGGGAUUGAAAGUUUUGUUCUUGUAGCUAUGGUUGGGCUGAAAAUUCUUGAUUGUUUCAUUUGGUAAUAGAUUGGAUUGGAUUGUUGUUAAGACUGAGGUAUAAAUUUCGGUUUUUGAGGGAUUAAUAUGAUAUUAAGGGGAUUGAUCAUCAAGGGAAGGACCAAUAUAUAGGCUAGGCAAAUAUACUAAUACUAAUA